UGCAUGCUUUCUAUCUUGAUAUUUCUUCAACGUUUUGAAGAAUAAAGUAUUACUGUGUGUAAAGUCUGUGUCAAUCGUGUAACUUCUUUUGGCUGAAAAACGAAUUUGAAUUUCCGAAACUUCCUAGAAAUCUUGCUUCGUUAUGUGUUGUUAGCGUUGUACAAAAUUUAAAAACUUUUCCGCACUGAAAAGCAAUAUACGCAUGUGUAAUGUAUGCAUAGUGCAGAUAAAAUCGUUAUAAUCGUGUGAACAAAUGUUGCAAUUGUGCAGUUGAUCCUGUGAAAAACGGAUAGAAGUUCCUCUACAUGUGAUGGGUUAGUUUCAAGUUAUGCAACGAAAGGCCUUUUUCCUAAUACCUUGAAAUUCAAAAAUAUGCAAUAAAAAGUAACGUCGUAUCCUUAGCCAGAAGUGUUAGUAUUCCUUGACAUUUUUCGCGCUUCACUACUCGUUCUGCAACUGCGGAUGAGAGCUUUGCUGUUGUAGCACAGCAUCGUGUCCAAGAUCAGUAACGUGGUGCCAGUAAGUUCCCCCGCCAUGGGGUGGGGCUGGGGGGCUGAGAGACCUGCUAAGGGCGCCAGCAGUAGCAGCAGGAGCAGCGUGUGUGGUGGAGAGACGCUCUCCGUGGGGCGGUACGAAGGCAGCCGCAGCAUGACACGCCUCCAUCCUCAGUACCUCAGCGCUGGUCCAGGUGCUAGACCAUGUGGGGGCAAAGGUGCUCGGCGCUCCUCCGCGCCCCUGCUGCGUGAGGCCUCCAGCAGCGCUAAGGACGUUAGAGUGCCCUUCGCAGACGCCCUGUCGCCGCUGUCUUACGACCCCUACGGACCAUACAGCAUCUACGGCCUCUACACGUCGACCAGCCUCGGAGGAUCGCCACACGGGUCGCCGAGAAUGUCGCCGCGUUCGUCGCCUCGUCGCAGGUCGCGCGUCAUGUCCCGCGACUUGUGUCUCGAAGACCUGGUCGUGGUGUCGGUCCCGUGUCGAGAAAGGAAGGUAGAAGGCGUGCGACUGGUAGAGCGGGGCAGCAGCAACAGCAGCAGCAGCAGCACCGGCAGCGCCAAGAGUAAACCCUCAGCAGGCAUCCUGUACCUCACGGCGACCCACCUCAUCUUCGUCGACUCCUCAGCCAAGAAAGAAACUUGGAUCCUACACAUGCACAUCUCGAGCGUGGAGAAGCUGCCGCUGUCAACACAAGGGUCGCCACUGCACAUCCGCUGCAAGACGUUUCUCUCCGUGACGUUCGUGAUCCCCAAGGAGCGAGACUGUCAUGAGAUCUUCACAGCCCUCCUACAGCUGUCGCAACCUGCGACACUGGACGACCUGUUCUGCUUCCACUACAUGAACAGCACGAGCAGCGCGUGCAGCAGCGACAGCAACAACGUGGCGGGCUGGGACCUCUACAACGUCACUGAAGAGUACGCUAGGAUGAGGGUGCCUAGUGAGGCAUGGGUGCUUACAACACAAAACAACAACCAUCAGAUAUGCGACACGUACCCCAAGGAGCUGUACGUGCCAGCCUCUGCGACCAAAAAUGUCAUCAUCGGAAGCUCCAAGUUCCGCUCCAAAGGCCGCUUCCCAGUGCUCACCUACCUACACACCAACCAAGCGGCGCUAUGUCGCUGCUCGCAGCCGCUGUCAGGCUUCAGCGCGCGCUGUCUCGAGGACGAGCAGAUGCUGGAGGCCAUCAGGAAGGCUAACAAAGCCGCCAUACACAUGACCGUCGUCGACACCAGACCAAAGAUCAACGCCAUGGCCAACCGUGCGACGGGCAAAGGCUACGAGAACGAAGCUUUCUACGAGAACAUCAAGUUUCACUUCACAGGCAUCGAGAACAUCCACGUCAUGCGGAGCUCUCUUGCUAAACUUAUUGAUACUUGCCAGUUGGUGAGCCCGUCAAUGAGCGCAUGGCUGAGUGGCGUGGAAGGCAGCGGGUGGCUGCGCCACGUGCGCUCUGUGCUCGAGAGCGGCGUGCUCGUAGCCAAGGAGAUCGCGUCAGGGGUGAGCGUGCUGGUGCACUGCUCUGAUGGCUGGGACAGAACUGCUCAGACAUGUGCUCUUGCUCAGAUACUCCUCGACCCCUACUACCGUACCAUGCAUGGCUUCCAGGUUCUGGUAGAGAAGGACUGGCUGUCGUUCGGACACAAGUUCACGGACCGCAGCGGCCUCAUCCAAGGCGAAGCUAAAGAAGUGUCGCCCAUCUUCACGCAGUUCUUAGAGUGCGUGUGGCAGCUGCAGCAGAUGUACCCUUCGUCAUUCGAGUUCAACGAGCGCUACCUGCUGGUGUUACAUGACCACGUCUUCUCCGCUCAGUUCGGCACCUUCGUCGGCAACUGCCAGAAGGACCGAUUAGAUCUCAAAUUAUCACAGCGGACUGUGUCGCUGUGGUCGUACCUCGCGGGCCAGGUGAUGGAGCACACGAACCCCCUCUACCGCAGUGACAUCCUGCCUACCUUCCUCACGCCCUCACUCGCUCCUCAGGCUUUGCAGUUCUGGCGAGGUCUGUACUGCCGGUACUGGAGCGGCGUGCACCCACGAGAGCCGCUCUGUGACCUGCUCAGUGCCACGCAGGACCACAGCAAAGCCCUUGAAGCCCAGGCCAUGUUCCUCAGCAAGAGAAUUGGAUGGCUGUCCGACCAACUGCGUAAGAAACACGGAGAUUCCCACGGCAAUGACCAGAUCAAAGAGCAGCUCGAUAACAGACUCGUCGACGCAGCUCUCGACCAGAACGGUCACCUUAAGAACGACCCUCUAGGCGCGUUCAGCUCGCUAGGUUUAAGCAACAAGCACAGCGGUAACCCUGUACUCAUCGAGACCUCGCCUGAUAAAUGCAACACCGCCAUCGCACCUUCCCCGGCGCCUGUCGUCCUGACAACUACACAGCCUUUGAGCCCGACGCAGGCUGUGAGCAGCAGGAGCGCCCUGAGCUCCGUCAUCAGUGACGUGGCCAUCGACUGGCAGAGCCUGCGCUGCGUCACCGAGUGCUCGUGUAGCACGCCCUUCAACGCCGCCAGCAGGAAGCACCAUUGUUGGAUGUGCGGCGAGGUGUUCUGCACGCGCUGCAUCGACAAGCGCGCCAGUCUGCCUGGUCACCUAAGCCUGCCUCCCGCCCCCGUCUGCCGCCCCUGCUACAAGACCAUCACUCGCUCCUUGUCCGUCGAUACGCCUUAACAACACGCCUAGCUCCUACGCAUGCCAAUCUUCAAACGCAGUCACUUUAAGAAAAUGCCCAGCAUGCUAUCUCUAUUCGUCAGCAAAAAGUUUCUAAAUACAUGAGAAAUAUGUGGGGUAACAUAAGGAAACAUAACCUAAUCUGCACUUCCAACAGCGUCUUGUAACGCUGAAAUGUGCUUUAAUGUCAGUGCCCGUCCACACAUACCUAGUUUAGAACCAACACUGCCGACGAGACCGGACAAGAUCUUUGUUCUCAGCAGGAUUUGUAGUAGUUCUGAUGAAUAUUAACGUCAGGAUAAAUACGUGCCAGUCAGGUGUGGAUGCAUCCCUUCGUACUCCUCAAUUGUGUCAGGAUGUGGUGGCUGAUGGGCCUGCUGGUGCUGCUCAGGUAUCAAUCUCACUUCCCAGAUAAUGUCAAAAUCACUCUACCAAUUUGUUAUUACCAAGGAUCAAUUUCGUGAAGGUAGGAUCGCUGCUUAUAGCCUUCUUAUCAAAUGCGCAUCUUGCCAUUGGCUACCUACACAAUAUGAAAAUAGAUUGCUUUAUUUGAAGAUGAUUUGCCGAGGAACGGACGAUUUUGUGUGUUAUGUCAUUAUUCGGACGUUUCCUACGUAUUUUUUAUUGUUCAUGAAAAGUUUGAGUCGAAAUCUCGAAUUUUGAGUUCCUUGCAAUAAAUCGGACGAACCAGUUGAUAUUAGUAAGAUAUUUUUAGAUGAAAUAUGGAUGUUGCUUUUCGGCGGCCUCACGAGGAACAACAGACUUCAUUUCUACUUGAAAAGACUCGUCACUUGCAGUGGAAAAAUUGUCCUUUAGUUAUCGCUGUUGCAUUCUGUAAAAUUCUCACUGAACAAUAAUUUCUUCUAGUUCUUUUCUCAUUGUGAAAAUAUUUCUUUAUAUGUUUUGAAUUAUUGAUUGUUUUUUUUUUUGUACAUAGACGUAGGAAUUAUUAUUUGUUUACAGCAACUUGAUCGAAUGUUCUUACUUCAAAAGAUGCAGGGAAGUUUUCCUCUCUGACAACCUCUUAAAAUUUUACAUGCGAGCAGUUUACAAUUCACGCAUUAUCUUACCAAUCGCCCCGUGCAAACUACCGUCAGUUGCUCUGUUCUCAUGCAGUUCUACUUUCCUCACCAAAUUUUUGCUCUUUAUCUAAGUCAAAAGCUCGCCAACUAAAAACUGAACAAGAAUGCAUUGAGGGUUGUUUUGACUCGACUUGUUGAGUACCGUCAGAUGCUACAAUUGAGGUUCUUCAUCGUGCUGGUACUUAUAUUCUGUGAAUUUAUAAUUUUUCACUCGUAGAACAAAACCUAUUAAUGAAAAAUCCAACAGCUAUAUUAUCUACUUAAAAUUUAAUUCUCUAAUUCUAAACUUAUUCAUUCUAAACUUUAAUUAAUUUUCGUUAAUAUUUUCCCUGAAGGACAUCGUCUUUCCACCUCGCUAAGUUCAGUAUUAUAUCAAUUGUUGUGUGUCUUAACUAUUAUAAUUUUUAUUCUAUUACCUCUUAUAAUGAAUUCUAUUACAUGUAGUCUAUAUAUUAUCCUAUUUUCAUCAUUAAAUUAUUUGUCGUUUCAUCGCCGUUUAUACAAACAACAAAUUUGGCGUACAGUGAGUACUGAAAUUGUGUUCAUUUUACCCACAUAUAUUCUUCCGCCGUGCAGCUCUGCGAAGGUCUUUAUCUCUUUUCCCCAUAUCAUAUUCUCGUUGUAGGAGUUGCUUUGUGCGUGGAUAAAGAAAAGAGAAGCGGAACUGCUUUGCCAAUAAAAGUAACGAGUCGAAGAUUGCCGGUGAGAACGAAGUGCUAGACAGGACCAGUUUCCUCCUUUGAAGACCAUAGAUAUCUCCAUGCUCACCGUUUUUUAGUCAUAGACUAUUUAAUAUCUAUUAUAUUUGUCGUACUAAACUAUGUUCGCGUUCAGCAUCCAGAUACUUCUCUAAAAAUUUGUUCUACCCAUCUCAUUGAAUUGGUAACUCUUAUAAAACCGCGAACGAGCUCCAGAUUUACUUCAAUGCACUACGGUGUUAAUAAAUACAUUUAUGCAGGGCUGUUGAGCUGGCAACUUCCAAGCCGUGGCAUUUAUUUCACUUUAGUCAUUCACUUAUUUCUCCUGCAACCUUGCUCUCCCUGUUAAAAGAUAAGACUGAGGGUAUGCCCAGCUAUCCAUGUAUCUUGUAAGCAUCUCAGAUGAAAGAUAUUGAUACUUAUCAUUCCAAUUUCUGUGUAAAAUUCCAAUAUUUGUAUGUUUUCUAACGUUGAGUGUGAUUCUUAUUGUACUGGUUGAGGUGACGCUGUAGGCGGCUUGUCGAUGGCAAUUAAUUAAUUUAUAUUUGUCGUGGCUGAGCCUGCAGACGUCUUCUCGUGGGACGCGCCUCCUCAGGAAGAGUACUGGCGUCCAAUUUACUCUGACUGAACAGAGGCUCAUUGCCCCGGUCACUGUGAUAUGACUGUAUGGAAGGUAGUGCACUUCGAAGAAUAUAGUAAAGUUUCUU